GAUAAAUGCGGGGAAGAGCCAGCACAACGAGGACCAGGCGUGCUGCGAGGUGGUGUUUGUGGAGAGGAGGACCAGCCCAAGGGGCCGGUUGCCAUCCAGGGAAGGCGGCGGGGAGCUGGAUGGGGGCAGGAAGGGUUUUUAUUUCCACUACUGGGCCUUGUUUGAUGGCCAUGCGGGCAGCGGUGCUGCUGUCAUGGCAUCCAAGAGGCUCCACCUGCACAUCUGCGAGCAGCUCCGGGACCUUGUGGACAUCCUGCAGGACCCCUCUCCGCCUCCCAUCUGCCUCCUGCACGACGCAAGGGCCAGCCCUGUGGAGCUGAGCCGGAUGCCCCUCGCAGAGGACAAUGGGGAGGUCCCCAACGAUGCUGUGCCGCGGUUUCACCUGGAGAAAGCGGUCUCUCAUGAGAGCCUGGUGAUUGGCGCCAUCGAGAAUGCCUUUAAGCACAUGGACGACCAGAUUGAGCGGGAGCGAGCAUCCCAGCGCCUGUCCGGGGGCUGCUGUGCCCUGGCUGCCGUCUACCUCAUGGGCAAGUUCUACGUGGCCAAUGCUGGCGACAGCAGGGCCAUUAUCAUCCGUAACGGGGAAAUCAUUCCAAUGUCCAGGGAGUUUACUCCAGAGACAGAGAGGCAGAGGCUGCAGUUUUUAGCGUUCCUAAGGCCCGAGCUGCUGGGGAAGGAGUUCACACACCUCGAGUUCCCCCGCAGGAUCCAGCCCAAGGAGCUGGGGAAGAAGAUGCUGUACAGAGACCAAAACAUGAAUGGCUGGGCUUACAAAAAGAUAGAAGAGGAUGACCUGAAGUUUCCACUCAUCUACGGGGAAGGCAAAAAGGCUCGGGUGAUGGCCACAAUUGGGGUCACGCGGGGCCUGGGAGACCACGACCUCAAGGUGUUCAGCUCCAACAUCCACAUCAAGCCUUUCCUGUCCUGCUUCCCAGAGGUCAGGGUUUACGACCUCACGCAGUACGAGCACUGCCCCGAUGAUGUUCUGGUCUUGGGCACCGACGGGCUCUGGGAUGUCACCAAUGACAAGGAGGUGGCCAGUGUGGUGAUGGAGGUGCUGACAAGCUACGAGCCCAACGACCCGUGCAGGUACACCAUGGUGGCCCAGGAGCUGGUGGUGCGGUCCAGGGGGGUGCUGAAGGAGCAGGGCUGGCGGCUGGCCAACGACAAGCUGGGCUCUGGUGAUGACAUCUCUGUCUUCGUGAUCCCUUUGGGCGGCCCGGGCAACUAUACAUGAUGCCCAACGACCCCAAGGCAGAGGGGCUCGCCUUGCCUGGAUGGAGAUGGGACAUCGGUGCUGCCUUGGGGCCACCUCUCCCCCAAGCACUUGUUUCCUGAGCCGACCACAAGAAGAGUAAGAAAACCUGGAGCCUCUGUCUGUGCCCCGGCCCAGAGCAUCCCCCUCCACCUGCUGCAUCCCAGCCCUGGGCGGAGAUGGAAGGGCCUUGGACAGAGAGCAGGGACUGGGGUUGAGGGAUGUUUUUUGUGCUGCCACUUUCUUGGUUGCUGUGAAAAGCCUAAAUCCUCCCUGGCUUCUUGGUGCAUCCUUUGCACCUCGCCCUGGGCUUUGGUGUGCUGGUUUCCAGCAGUGUGCAAUGGCCGUCAGGCUGGUGGGGCACUCGUACCUGGAGAAGCGUGUGCUUGCUGCUGCAAUCAUCUCCUCUCCCCUGCCCUGUGACACUUGCACCAGUGACACUGAAGCUGCUGUUGGGCCUGGGUGCUGGGGCCAGGAUGGGCUGUGGCCUGGGGUGAAGCCCUGCUGGCAGCCAGGCAACGCUCAGCCCGGCAGAAGUCUGGUGGUGGGUGGCGUGGUGGUGGGCGAACCCCAUGACUGACAUCCCAGCUUUGUGCUUGCCCUCUCCGGCCCCUCACACCUUCCUCCCAGCCAUGUACCUUGUCUUAGUCUCCGGUUUGGGAGGAUGGGGCAGUGCUCAGUCACUGUGGCGCACUGUGAGAGCCCCUGGGAAGGAAUGAGCUAUCGCACUUGCACUGGCUGUGCCAUGGGUUCUGCCUGCACCCGUCUCCGUACAUUGGAUCACUGCUGUGUUUCUGAAGCCAAUUAUUUAUUAACUGGGGAGCUGAGCUGGAAAAUGUCUAAAUCCUUUCUUGUUGUGUGGAGUCGGUAUGAAUAUGUGUCUAUAUUUUUGAGCGGUUCUAAGUUGGCCACUGCUGAGCAGCGGUUGCACACAGAGCAGCCCUAUUCAGCCAAGCUUAACAGCUUAAACGUGCUGCGUGGAUCUGCUUAGCUGAGGGCUGGAAACUCACAAUAAAAGCAGCUUGGUUGUGACUGGGGGUGGGGAGACAACUCCUUCCUUUUUCUUAAUAACCUCAAAGCUGGUGCUGAGCAGAGCUGUAGCAGCAGUUGAUCUGUGCAUAGUAUCUUAUUUUGCAUCACACAUACCUCUGACUGGGAGGAUGCAUUUCCUGGACCUCUCUAGAGCAUUGCAUCCUCCCAAAACGUGAGGGAUGAUCCCAUCCUGGCAGUGCGGUGAUGGGGAGAGCUGGGCCAUGGUCCCUUGUUUUGGGAAGGCUCUGUGGCACCAGUAGUUUGUGUCCUGCUGUCGCUGGGUGCAGCCAGCUCUUGUCAAGUGUCACCUCUGGUGAAUGUUGUUUGUCUCUUGUAAUCAGCGAGAUGUAAAUAAACUGGGUGCACUUAAUGGGAAGUGAAAGUUAUCCAGCGAGAUUUUAACCUAUUGACAUCUCCUGUGCUGAAGGGAGCAGGGAGUGAUACUGGGGCUAGGAGCCUGUCCUUGCGUGACACUGUGUGUUUAAAUAAAGGUUUUGCCACUUGCAA